AUGAGGACCAUUUACCUGCUUCUGUUGGUAGGAAAGAUAUUUUAAAUUGUUUACAGCUAUUUUACUAAAUAUAAAAAUAUAUAUUUGUACAUUUGUAACUAAACGCAUAAGAUAUUUGAAAAUAUGUCAUGAUGUUUGAACAGGCUAGAUAUUAAACACGAGAAACAAAGUGAAUAGCUGGUAAUUUAACAAAAAGUGUUAUCAGACAACCUCUUUAGUCACGAUACUUAAAAGGUUGAAAAUAGCAGAAGAGAGUGUACAUACGUAAAGAAUGUCUAGUUUCUGCUACUAUAUAGGUCUCAAUGCUGCAGGCAAGUGCAGAGGGGGGAGGUGUCAAGUAAAACCAGUUUUAUGCAUUUAUUAUGGAAACACAGGGUGGGAGCGAGGUAAUGUAUACUUUCUAUAAUAUCUUACACCACCCCCACAAAAGCCAAAGUAAGAAACAAAGUUGGAUCAGUUGAUUGGAUUUUAGUAUUUCAGACUUCAUUGUUAUUAAAUUGACACUCCAAACGUUCAAACCCUCAUGAUUUUCAUUCAAUAACCUCCAACUGCUGUUCAGUCAUGCUGCAGGCAGAACCUCAUGUCAAAACUAAUCUCAAGGCAAUAACGUACGUCGGGCAGGCAAGGAAGGAUACUUUUAACCCUAUAUUUCAAACUGGAUCUGGCGACAACAACACUGAGUAGCCAGUGUAUUGUAGUGACUUUGGCCUUUCUUGAACUUCAUUUUACGUCGACAUUACAAAGCAGAAUUUAGUUAGCGAGAGCGCGCCCCAUGGAGAAAAUCUCAAUAUUUCAUUCCAACAUCGUAAAGUUUAUACAAAGUUUCCAAAUUCGCAGGAACGCCUGGCAUAAGAUUGAUGAAUAAUAAAAAAAAAAAAAAAAAAAGUUUCCCCUGUGUUUGUCCGGGGGGUGUGAUCAACUCUGGCUUCACUCUGACUCCACUCAGCCUUUCACAGAAUACGUGGGUAUAGAAAUACGAUGAAUGGGCACCACUGUACGCUUGUAAUCCCAGAAUCAAGAAACACUUCACCCAACAGAGGGAGAGUCAGACAAAUGAUGACAGAAAGUAAAGUAAUGCAAACGCAAAUGUCAACAACACUUCAGGACAUGAUGUUCUUGAUUGUCCAGCAGCUUAUUGUUUGUGUUUCUGACAUUUAACUGUAACAUUACAGACUCACCCUUUUGUUAUUAAAAGCACAUAUAAAGUUGCUUUUCAUUUAAAAAUUAACUCAAAGGUUUUUCGUGGUGACAAAACUAAGCCUCACUCAUCACUUUCUUUGUUGCCGUAGGUUGCGUUGGCAGCCCUGGUUGAGUCUCACAAUGAAAACAGAAGGCGUGCCAAGCGGGUAACUGUGCUAUUUUUAGACUUGCCGAUCCCAGCUAAAACGCUUUUCCUCUGAAAUAAAUUAUUGCUUUAUUGAACAAUUACUUGGUAAAUGUUUGACAUGUGUUCUCUUUUGAUAGGAGCUUUUACGGCGCUCCAAAAGAAGGUGGGUUUUGUCCACAAUUGAAUUAGAGGAGGAAGCCGAGGGAAAAUACCCUUUAAAGAUUUCACAGGUAACUACUUCAUGUUGUGCAAAGAAUUGUGGCAUAAAGAGUUUUCCUUGUGUCAGUGAGACUUAAGUGGUUUGUAUCUUAAUGUUAGAUGUUUAACAACAUGUCGGGGGACCAUCACGAGUUCCGUAUAAGUGGAAUGGGUGUGGAUGAGCCGCCACUUGGAGUGUUUGAGAUCGAUUCACAUACUGGAGACGUCUAUGCGAACAGACCUUUGGACAGGGAGCUGUAUCCAAAACCCUUCCAUGUGAGUUUUCCAACUAAACAAUGAUGCAGUACACACUUAAAGAAUGAAUGUGUUGAUUUUAUAAACCACAACUUCUUUCCACAGAUCAAGUUUGACAUCUUGCAUCUACACACUGGAAAUAAACUAGACAAGGAGCUUGCUUUUGAUAUAGAGCUAAAGGACAAAAAUGACAACCCGCCCAAAUUUGACCCUCCUAAGGUGACUGAAAAUGUAAUGGAAAGCACACGAACAAGUAAGUGUACCAUUGUUCAAGACUGAGAGAGAGUACAGCCACUGAGCACUACUCAUCCAAAAAAUACUGGAAAAAAAUAACAAUGUUUGUAGACAUUUUCCUCAUUUUUUUCCAUUCCCUUUCAUCACAUUUUGAUUUUACAAUUCUCAGGUGACUUGUCAGUGCUACUGAACGUAAAUGACAUCGAUAAGGAGAACACGCCAAACUCUCAGACCACCGUCGCCAUCCUUUCACAGACCCCAAAGGAGCCCAAGAUUGGUAUUCGUGAGAUCAACGUGAAACAGUUCAGGCUCACUGUUGACGGAUGUUUUGACUAUGACGUAAGACUGAUUUAAAAAGCUGAUUUAAAUAUGAACUAAUCUAUACUUGUCAAUAAUAUCAUCUGAAAUAUUUUCCUUUUAUGAUCCAGAAAGUGAAGAAGUACGAAGUUGUUCUCAAAGCAAAUGAUCUCGGCACUCCAGUUCAGUCCUCCACAGGAACCGUUGUACUGAACAUCAUCGACACAAACACUCAUCUACCAACAUUCAAGGACAAGAUGGCAAGGCUAUCAUUACUCGGACUAUGAGCGUUGUUGUUUCUAGACCGAUGUAUGUUGCUAAUGGUGGAACUGUUUUGAAUUCUAGCAUCACGGUGAGGUCCAAGAAGCGUUCAUCAAGGAAGACAUUUUGAGGCUUAAGGUAGAGGAUAAAGACACUCCUAACACUCCUGGCUGGCGUGCUGUAUACUUUUUUGUGAGUGGAAAUGAGGAAGGAAACUACAAGAUUGACACAGACCCCACAAGUAAUGAUGGGAUUCUCAGUCUAGUCAAGGUAACUCUGAUUUUCUAACAAAGAAUCCUGAUGUUUCCACAGUGAACCAGGCUAACUGCUUAUGUGUUUCUUACAGAAAAAGGAUUAUGAGAAGACUACCAUCGCAAAGCUGAAGGUUGGAGUGAUGAACGAGGAGCCCAUAACAGUCUGUAAAGAUUUUAAAGAUGGUGGCAAAGACAGCGAGCCCACCCCAGAUACAGCUGACAUUGAAAUCAAAGUGAUUGAUGUCAAUGACCCACCGGUGUUCGAUAAGGAUCCAGCAGAUAUAUACCAGAAAGAGGAGGAAGAGCCAGGGAAGUUGCUGUAUCAGCCACAAGUUCAUGACGCCGAGGGUGACAAAGUUAGGUUAGUGUCUACCUGCAGCCACAUUUUGACAGGGCCUGAUCUAUGCUGGACCCUUAAAGUCCUAACUGAGUUUUACAAACACAAAAAUCCAUUCACAAUUCAUCUGACCACUUCAUCAUAACUUUUCAUCUUUGUUUAACCGUGUUUAAAGACUUGAAAUGUUUUUUAAAAAGGAUCACUACUAAAAACGGGUUCAUAUCUGUAUAAACACACAGCCACAUUUCUGUCUGCGUUUAAAUUCAAACAAAGGAAAAGAUAGAUAAAAGGUUUAAAGGCAGAUGAGAGAACUUACUUUGAAAAAGUCCAAACAGGAAUCCAAAGCCACACUGGAGCACAGGAGAGGACAAACAGAUGAGACAAACAAAACACUCAUCAAAAAAGGAGGGAAAACCAAGGAAGUAAGACUAGAGUCAACAUACAAGAAUUAUCUCCUACAAAAUAAAACAGGAAACUCUAAAAACUGAACUGAAGAGAAAAACAGGGAAAAACACAAGGGAAAAAAAUACACAAAAAAUGGAUACAAUUCAAUUAGAAAUUACUUUAAAUCUAAUUAAAGUCUUUUUGCAAUCAGUUUUUUUUUUGUUUGUUUGUUUGUUUUGUUUUUGUUUUUAACCUUGAUUUCAGUUCCACUGUUUUUUUUUUUCUUUCUCCAGGUUUGAACUAGUAGAAGACCCCGCUGACUGGGUGACAAUUGAUGAAGCAACAGGAGAAAUCACAUCGAUGAAGAAGAUGGACAGAGAGUCUCCAUUCGUCGAUAACACAACUAACAUUUAUCAAAUUGUGGUCAAAGCCGUUGAUGAUGGUAUGGAAAGCCUUUUUACUGCAACUUCUCAUUCAAAACAAGCUAAACAAUAUGAUAUAAUAUUGGUCAACUGUACUCUCUCUUUUCUGGUAUACCAAGGUGAGCCUUCAGCCACAGGUACAUGCACUAUCCGGAUCCACCUGAACGAUAUAAAUGACAAUGCGCCUCAGCUGGUCUUCAAAAGUGCCAUUCUAUGUGGAAACAAGGGUAACAAGAUCAUGGUGGAAGCCAAUGACUCUGACAUCCAUCCUUACGGUGGGCCUUUCACCUUCUCCCUGGGGGGAGAUGACAAAACUCUGGCAGAGCGGUGGAAAUUAGACCCGUCCACAGGUAGUAACCCCCUUUUAACCCUCCUCUUCAACCAAAUACUCAAUUGUUUCUCUUAAAAAGGAGUUACAUUACACUCCAUUAUCCUUACUUGCAUCCUUUUCUAGGGAUAGAAGCUGGGCUUGUUAGCCUGAAACCACUUCCUUAUGGUACCUACCCAGUGCCCCUGGUGAUUCAAGACCAACAGAAUCUGAUUGGACAGGAUACAGUGGAAGUGACCGUGUGUGACUGUGGAGACAAAGAAAUGUGCAAUGACAAAGAACUGCUCUCAACCAACCUGGGGUCCGCUGGAAUUGGACUAAUUUUGGGAGCACUCCUUCUGUUUUUGUGUGAGUAAAGCGAACAGAGAUAACAUAGCUGAACCAGCCAAGUCAGUGGGUGCUUAAAUAACAUGAAUGUGUAACUUUUUUUUUUUUAACAUUAUUUAAAUAACAAAUCAAUUAAGAUAAAUAUAAAUAAAUCCUCUCAAACACGAUUGUUUCAGCUCAUACUGAGAAAAACAACAAGUUUGAUUGAAUCAUAAAAGAAACCAGUCUUCCCCUUGGGCUUUUACCUCUAAACUUUGCAGUGCAGGUACUAACAUGGUUUCUUGCACUUUUACACCCGCACCAUUGUCACCUUAGGGAAAGAGUACUGAAACCUACAGAGAUUACUCACAGCUGCAGAUCUGAGUGUUUACCAUAUGCCUAUAUCUGGACCAUAGGGGAUUCAGUUUGAGCUGUGGAUAACGUAGUUAAAGUGGGGGCAUGUCACAUAUGCGAAACUGCGAACCAUGUUGUGGUUUGCGAACUCAGAUGUAUGGGCUUCCGUCUCCUCCUUUGGUUCAAUCUCAGAGACUUAAACACACUAGGUUUGCACUAUGCUGAUUGUACCUUGCAAUAUUGUGCCAUCGUUGUGCAGGAGAGGGGCGGAUAUGAGUCAAAAUAUGAUUUCAACACCUACACAAUCUUGAGAACUGGUGUGAACUGUGAUCUAGAUUUCACACGCUUGUGCAGAUGCUUAAAAAGAACCUCAACUUAUGUAUCAUGUGACCUUAUUUACUAUAUCCAAACCUUCUAAGUGGUUUCUGUUAAGGACACUUAAUCAAAAGCAAACGGUUUGUUGAUACCAUGUCUACAGUCCUACAGUUAAAGAGAUCGGCCCCUGCCUUGAACCUCACAAGCAAAACCAGAUGGUAACUGCUGAACUGGAAUAACAAGGAAAUAUCGGCUUUGUUUACUGGCAUCCCAGGGAUGUUAAUGAUAGGGGAGCAAGCACCCUCAACCAGUCAAAAGACCUUCUUUUAAAGCUGUCUCACUUUUAUUAAGAAAACAAAUAUAUACAUGUAUUUUAACACAAUUUUACUGUAUUUUACUGUGUUUCUGCAGUGCUGCUACUUGUCUUUAUGUGUCAGUGCGUGAAGAAACAGUUCGCCAUCCCUAUCUCCGAGGAUGAAGGCAACCAGACUCUCAUCAAGUACAACCAAGAGGGAGGAGGCUCUGAAUGCAAGGUGUGUUGGGCAUGCUGCGUGCGUAAAUAAAAGACAAUAAGAUCCUAAGAGUGUGUUUUAACACUCUUUUAACCUUUUCUCUUAUCUGCCAGGCUGUGCCUAAUCUGCCUCUGCCUCUGCCUCUGACUCCAACGCAAAGUGAGGCUGUGACAGACGGCAUCAAAAUUGCCACCAAGCAGGUACUCUACCUCUCCAUCUCAUAAAUCUGUUAAGGCACAGAGCUUUGGUAUCUUUGGCAAGUCUACCUUCCAGCGUGCUCCUACAGAAAACAAAGGCGACACAAAGAAAACAGCCAGGGUUUUAAACAAAUCCUGCUCCUAAUCCUAUUGAUAUAUGAUUGAAAGCGACAACCCUGUGUCACCUUUUCUUUGUUUGUCGACCUGAGGUGAUGACAGAUGAAUAGGGAUAUAAUGCUUGAUGUGGUUGAAAGUUUGUUUAAGUCACAUCUAUGUGUGUAAAACAAAUGUACUUUUAUUAUCUUUGCCCUGCCAGAUGUCUAAAUCAGCUGCAGUUAUGAGCCAGGACAUUGACAUGUACAGCAGCUAUGAACAGACCAUGGUGAGUGAGGAAAACAAAGACCUACAGGGAUUUACAGGACUGAUAUAUUACAUUGUGUGCAUGUGGUUAAUUUUUACUACUCUUCCUGAUUCAACCCUUGUGUUAUUUGUCUUCAGAUGAACUCUCACAUGGCCUCAAUGAGCAUGCACCAUCAAAGAGACUCGAUGAGGAGCCAAGGGGGGCAGAACAUGGUGAGUGAACGCGGAUGAGAUAUAAAAAGCAUCCACAAGAGGGUGCAACAGCUCAGAUUAUGAGCAACCUAUCUUCUAUACAGUACGGGUUGCAUGCAUACUCACCCAUGACAAUCAGGACUUAUAUUUUUGGGGGGUGUUAGUCUUUUUUUCUGUGCCUCUCUAUUUUCUUUUAAUACAUAAGAAGUUUAUUUAACUUCACACUGAUCUGUAAACAGGUCAUGCAAAUUCACAGACAGAGAAAGAGGCAGCUUUUAGUAAUACAAAGACAAAACACUGACUGUGACAGUGUCAUUUCCUCCAGGUGAAAUCAAAGUCCUAUUUAAUUAAAUUUUAUCAGCUGGGAAACCAGAAGAUUACUCUAGGCACCAUUCAAACUGAGCCAAAGAUGUGGUAAGGGUGGCAUGAGGGCAUAUUGUUUUUAGAUUGCAUAACUUUAAAACCAAUGAGGGCACUGAAACCACAUCCUUGACUCAUUGCGAGUAAGCCUGAAAAAAAUCCGGUGGCUCCCAAAUGGAUUUUUAAAAACAGUUUUUUUAAAGUUUGUAAUUCACAUUUCCCGUCAUAUACAGUUAAAAAUUUACCACAAAAAUGUGUGACAUAGUUUUAAUAACUUUUAAUCUAAUCUUUAAACCCCCCCCCCCCCCCAUGUUUUGGAUAGUUCCCUGCUCCAACACACCUGAUUCAAAUGAUCAGCUCGUUAUCAAGCUCUGGAAUGGCUUAAUAACGAGCUGAUCAUUUGAAUCAGGUGUGUUGGUGCAGGAAAACAUCCAAAACAUGCAGGACAAGGGGUGCGGGCUCAAGGACUGGACUUGAGAACCACUGUUGUAACCUAUUUUGUCAUUUUCAUAUUGAAAUAACAGCUGAUUGAUAUUUAACAUGAAUUAUGAAUUUUAUCAUUCUUCUGAGAAAAAAAGUCAGAUUUCUGGGACUGAAGUCAGAAUUCUGCCUCUUUUCUCAGAAUUUUGACUUUAAUCCCCAAAUUCUGACUUCUUUCUCAGAAUAAUUGUAACAAAUAUAUCUAUGUAUAUAAGUUCUAUGCCCCACCCGAAGGCGGCGACAACUAUCCUCACCUUUUGACCCACUGAAUUAACAAAACACCUUCAAAAGUUUAACCAGUGAUUUAUUGUGACAAAAGAACCAGAAUUACUAACUUAACACAAAGAACCCACAACACAAAUGAGAGGUAGCAGGGCAGCAGUUCCCUACCAAAUGCCUCUCCAGACUGCAGGCUGGUCUGGGUCUUUAAACUCCCAGCACCAGGUGAGUCUGAUUGGCACUCAGUGAUUUCACCUGGGCAGCUGUGGGGAGACAAAGGGAGGAAAGCACACACACAAACACACAGCCAUACAUAUAUAAAUUGGACCUUUUUUCUCCAGAGGCCCUAAUCUUUUUUUUUUCAUUUGGGUCAUAAUGAGUUUGUUUUUCAAAUAUCAAGCCCAUCCUAACUCAAAAAAAUAAAAUAUAAAAAAUGGACUGGAUCCAGAUGUGGAUUAUCACUGAAUAUAACAAAAACAUGCUUCUUUAAGGGACAAUCUCGUUUCUAUUUUUAAUCCAUGAAUUCAUAACUAAAAAAGUACAACAUAAAGUGAAGUUGGAGUGGUUAAAUCUCACUUUUAAAAUGUCAAUGUUUUUCUCUUUUAGUACUCUGCGUGGAACACAAACAGGACAAACUCCUACCAGGUUUGUGUUGAUCAACAUUAGCAUGUUUCAACAGGACAGUAAAAAAAAUCUGCUUUGACUGCAUAGUAUACAACUCGUUAUGUUAAUUAUGUAAAGUACAGUGUGUUCAUCCAGCAGUGUAGAAUCUGUACAUAGUUUCGCUAUAGGAGCUAAUAAUCCUCUCUCUGCGAACAGGGAGGCUCAUCAAGAUAUCAUUACUCUCUCACCCAGAGGUCCAGUCAACGUGUCGCAGAUCACCUCGACAGGGUAAGGAGUUGUCUCACCUGAACAGAACAGAACACCGACGCUGUGCCUUAAGAGACCUUUAAAAUUCAGAAGAAUUAAUUACUGGGUGGAUCGCACGUAGCUCAGGAGGAUGAACAGGUUGUCUGCUGAUCACAGGCAGCGUCUUUCAAUUCCCUGGAAAAGAAGAACAACAUGUAACUUCAUUUGUUUUAUAAAAGCUCAUGUAUGCUCAUGAAAUUGGCCCUGAUGGUCAGACCAGAACCAUGCGAGAGAAUUUCUGCCAUUAGUGCGAGUGAUAAAUGGAUGAGAGGCAAACAGUUUAGUGCUUUGGUUAAAAGCUAUACAUGAAAUGAAGCAAUUUCUGAAAAGCAGCCAUUUAUCCCCUGAUGAAAUAAAGUGAACUGAAUGCCAGCAGAUUGGGAUCUAUUAAAAUCUCCAAGUCGUGUAUGUAUAAUUGAUUAAAGAAGUCCACUAAAAGGUCUGCAUUUGUUUAAGGGGAUUGAAAAAAGUGGAUGUGCAUGUAUAUUUAUAGGUGUGGGUAUUUUAGGGUAUGACCUUUUUUGUUGAUUUAGUUUUUAUUUAAAGAUCACCAUGUUUUGUUUUUUUGCCUCCGCAUACCCACAGAGACUGCACACCAUUGAUGGGAACCUCGUAGACCACCCAGCGUACAGACCCCGUGAGUAUGCCUACGAGGGACUGGGCAGCAGAUCAGCGUCGCUGGACGAGCUGUCACUUAGCGACUAUGGACAGGAUUUUAACUUCCUGAAUGACUUAGGACCCAGGUUCAAGACCCUGGGGAACAUCUUGCAGCAGAAAAUUCACGAAAAAAAUCUACAGUUUUGA